ACUAUUAGCUUGGAUCUGGUCUUCUCAUCCUCUCUAUAAAUGACUAUUAUAAACCCACAAAUUUCUUCUCCAUUUUGCUCUCAUAACAAACCCCUUCUUCAAAACAGCAACUCUGUUCUUCUAAACUAAGUCAACCCUUUUCUUCUCCAUCAGUAAUGGCUCUUCAUGAAUCAGUUUCUCCCAAUUCCACUCCCAAAAAGUCCAGAAAUGGACAUAAAACCCAUAACAAAGACAAGAAAAAUCCUUACUCCGACCGUGGCCUCGACAAAUUCUCUGCCCUUUUAACCGAUCUUGAUGAGAAAAGGAAGAAAAUUUACUCUCAAACUGACCCUGAAGACAUAGUUAUGGUCCGUUUUGCUUACAAGAAUUCAGAUGAGUGUGUUCCUGUCGUGGUGAAACAGAAGGACAAGAAAGAAGACAAGAACUCGAAUGAUUCAGACGCCAUGGCGAUUAAGUCUCAACAGAACAAACAAUUAACAACUCACAAGAACAAGAACAACCUCGUACGUGCGAGAAAUUUGAGGAGAUUGAGCAAACCAUCUUAUUAUAUUGCAGCCAUAGUGAUACUGAUUCUGUUUUUGUUGAGUGUUUUUGGGAGAUCAGUGACCAUUUUGUGCACUUGUAUUGCUUGGUAUUUGGUCCCUGUUUUGAAACAGAGUUCAUCGAAAUCAAGACGAAAGGAAAAGGUAAGGAUUUUGGUUCCAAAUAAGAUGGAAAAACAACCAGAUGGAUCCUCUGCUCUUUCUUCUCCAAUUCAAGCUCAUCGCAGAAGUGGGUGAAGAUUACAAAGGGAUUGUUUCUUUCAACUUCGAUUAUUUUUUUUUUUUUUCCUCUCCCUCCAACAACAAAAAUUUGAUCUUUUUGGUUCUGUUGUUUGAUCUUUGAUGGGUUUGGGUCGAAAAUUUGAUCCGAUUCAAUUAAUGGUCAUUAAUGUAAAUUAAUUAGAUUUGUUACAAUGACAAUCGGUACUAAUUAAGCUUUUUAUGCUGAUUAAUUAAUGAUGGUCCAACCGAAUGGAAGGUUGAGAGUUUUUGAGUACGACUUUUUCAAU